GCCGAUAUAACCAUGCAACCUCGUGUAUUAAGCCACUCCGUCCAAGCAGCGACGUCGUCAGCCCAGAACAGCUCUUCUGAACAUUCAAGGCGCCCCGGGCUAAAUCUUAUCCAAAUAUGUAUUUUCUCCUUUUCACAGUCUUCUCCAUAUUCAUAGUGCGUAAUGUUGAGGCUUGGGGAGCAAGUGUCAAGUACGCGGUGAACUGCCCGGAGCGGUGCAAUGUGGAUCUGUGCGGCUUGACGCAGCGCUGCAGACGGACAGUGCUGGAUGACUGCGGUUGUUGCCAGGUCUGUGCGGCAGACAGAGGGGAACACUGCUAUCGCACUGUGUCUGGGAUGCACGGAGUCAAGUGCGGACCGGGAUUAUUCUGCGAGUUCUACAAAGAUGAGGACGACUAUGGAGAUGAAUAUGGCAUCUGCAAAGAUUGCAUGUAUGGAACCUAUGGGAUAGGGUGUGGUAAAACAUGCCAUUGCAAAGCUGGAGGUAUCUGUGACAGAGAGACAGGAGCCUGCCUCACCUUCAAAUUCUUCACCAAAAUCGCCAGCAAGCUGAAGACACAGCACCCCAAUGCAGGAGGUGAGAUUGGUUCAGGAGAUGACAGCACCAGUCUGAAUGGGGAACGAUCCGCUGCUCCAAAGUGGUUAACACCUCGUUGACACUCAUUAUCAAGACUUAGUUUAUUCUGUGUAAAUGUAGAAAGCAUAGUAGUAAAUUAAAUGAUUGAAGGAUAUAUUUUAUUAUGUAUUAUUAAGAAAACACAUUUUCUACAAGAUGAUUGAAUGUUUUGAGCAUCUCUGUUGUGGUGUUUCUAUUCUGUACCAGUGCCUCAUCAUGUCAUAAGAGUUGUGUUGUUCCAAACGAAGGGAGGUCUCGGUUGUGGUGUUUCUAUUCUGUACCAGUGCCUCAUCAUGUCAUAAGAGUUGU